UUCUGUGUAUAAACAUGGCGUCGUUGUGCCGCAGAGGCUGCGCUCGACGGACACGCAUACAGAAGCUCUUUGCCGAAUAAAACGCAACGCAAAACGCACAAACUCAAAUCGCCGCCAAAAAUUUGUCAAGUGUAAUACAGUUGUGAUUUCGUAUAUUUCCAUGUCCACCCGCCACCCGCAGGAUGCUAAAAAAACGGCAGAAAAGGCAGCCACCGAAAAAGCCGCCGAUAAGGAAAGCGACCCGAAGGCACUAGAAAAUGCAGCCGCAGGGAAGGAGGCGAAAUCCGAAAAGGGGGAAACCGAUGCAGUGAAACCCCCCACCGCAGCCGCUGGUGACGUCGACGAGGCAACCAAAGGAGACGCAGCGGCAGCUCCAGCUCCCGAAUCGGAUGCAGCUAAUAAAAAAGAAAAGUCACCAACGGAAAAGAAGGCUACCAAUAACAAAAAGGAUGCAAAGAAGGAUAAAGACGAAGAGGAUGAUGAAAAUAGUGAAGACGGCGAUGAUCCCGACAACGAAGAAGAGGAUGACAAGGCCAGCGAUGCCGAAAGCGAAAAGAAAACCAAAACAGAAAAGGACGAGAAGAAAAAGGAUGCCGAUGGCAAGGCCAAGUCGGGAGCGGAUAAGGCCAAGAAGCCAGAGGUAAAGGCGAAGAACGGCAAGGUGGAGAAGGACGACGAGGAUGAGGAUGAAGAUGCAGAGGAUGACGAGGAGGAUGAGAACGAUGGCCUGGACAAGAACAACGAGGUAGCCGAGGACGAUGAGAACGUAGUGGCUCUGGCGGAGAUCGAUCGAAUCAAUGAGAACAUCAACAAGACCAGAGUGGACGGCCUGCAAGCUCUGCACGCGAUUUGUUUUGGCGCUCAGGGUAAGAACAAUGUCGUUAAAAAGAACCUGCGUUCUUUCGCCGGCUUCGAGUAUGCCAAGGACUCUGCGGAAUACAAUAAGAAACUGGAUGCAAUCAAAAAACUGGACAACAAGGGCUUGCGGAAUAUCUGUGAGAUCCUCACCUUGGAUCGCAAGGGCAGCAAGAAUGAGGUUGUUCUGCGAGUGCUCAAAUUCCUAAUGGAACCCGAUGAGUCGCUGUGCUUAGAGCAGGGCGACGAGGAUGACGAAGAGGAUCCAGAGGAUGAGGACGUCGACGAUGACGAUGAUGAUGAGGAUCCACCCAGUGAGGAAGAAAAGAAGCGCAAGAGCAAGUCGGGUGGCGCCUCUGGCAGAGGCUCUGCACGCAAUUCCAGUGGACGUCCUAAACGAGCCACGGCAGGAAAAAAAAUGUCUGCGUAUGUGGAUUUCUCCAGUUCUGGAGAAAGCGAGAACAAAGUAGCGGUGCCCAAGAGAAGACGCAAUGAUGACUCCGAAUCUGGGUCCGAUUACAAUCCCUCGGGCAAUUCGGAUUCUGAUGCUGGUCGCGGAGGAGGCGGUGGUGGAGCUGGACGUAAAGUUUCCGGACGCGGAAGUCGCGGUCGUCCGGCGCGCAAGAGUCGUCGGAGAAACUCCGAUUCAGAAGAGGACGAAGAAUCCGAGCUGUCGGAUGCCGAUAGUGAUGUACCGAAGCGCAAGCGAGGACCGGCGGGCAAAAGGGGACGGCCAGCAGCCUCAGCAGCUGGAAGAAGGGGCCGAGGGCGGGGAGCGGCAUCGCGAAGGCGUAAGGACUCCGAUAGCGAAGAGGAUGAUAUUUCUGAAGAUGAAGACGAGGAGGAUCUGUCCGAUUUCGGCAGCGAUCAAAGCGAGGAUGAACGCCCCAAGAAGAGUAAGAAACCCACAACGCCUGCGAAAAAAAACAAACCUAAUAACAAGUCUAAACCAGCUGGAAAAGCCGAUGGUCGACCCAAGAAAUCAAAGAAAGAUUCGUCUGAGGAGGAGGAUGAUGAUGUCGAUGACAAAGAUGAAUCCGAUGAGGACGAGCCACUAACCAAAAAGGGCAAACUGGCAUUCCCCACGGACGAGCAAAUACGCGGCUAUGUAAAAGAAAUCCUGGAUAAAGCCAAUCUCGAAGAGAUCACCAUGAAAACAGUAUGCAAACAAGUGUACGCGAAAUAUCCAGACUUUGAUCUAACAGAAAAGAAAGACUUUAUUAAGGCCACAGUCAAAGCGUUAAUUGCAACAUAAAACAACCAUGGGAAGGAGGCGGUUUGAGGCCGGGGAAGGGUCCAUGUCCGGUAGACAAGCUAAAUAAAACAAAAUGAAAGUGGUUUGCCGCUUUUUGAAGGUCGCUAACACAGAACAUCGUUCGAUAAACUUUGAAAGCAGCAGCUCUUGUAGAUGUCCUAUAAGUAUAUGAUUUUCGCUCCUAUCCCCAAAAGCUACCUGCAGUUACCUACACCAAAUGUCAGCGGCGGCAGUAGACUACUACCCAUUCUAAUAUAUAUUCUUUGUAUAUAUAAAAAAAAAAAGUUUUGUUUGACCAACCAACCAACCAGUACACAUGCACGCAUGAAUGUCUAUUUUUUGAAAGUUAAAAGUACUCCCUGAUCUUCAGCAAAUCGUGUGUAAUUUAUGCAAAAUGAGAAAAAAAAUUGUAAAAAUCCGAAAAAAACAAAGCUAGUGGUGCAUUUUCAUUUGACGUUCACGAAAGGAAUUAUGUAAUUAAAUUUAAGCACAAAAAAAAAUAAUAAAAACAAAGCAAAAUUAACGUUUGGAAAGGUUACAAAUAUAUAUCGAAAUUCACACACUGGCAGCAGUACAAAAACACGAAAAUGGAUAUCUUUUUAAAUUUAAACAAUUGCAAAACGAUUUUGGCAAUGUAAAAAAUGAAUUAAAUUGUGGGCAUGGUUAAGUCACACACUUGGAGCUAGUGGUUUAAGUGAUGAUCGAUGGAAGCACCCAGUCAGAUACUCCAGAUAAUAAUUUUCAACCUAUUUCUAUAACACUCCCACCUCCCACACCCACACCCACACCCCCAGAACCCUAUUUAACUUGAGUGCUCGGGCCUUAGUAACUGAGGAUAGGAAGGUUUCUCGGCAAAAUAUAAAACGCAACUAGAGACACGCUCACAUCCAAGUGUGAGUUAAAUCAACAGAAGAUUGAAAAUUGAAUGAAAAAAUGAGAGUUAAAUAUUAUAAAUAUUAGAUAUAAACAAGUAAAAUAGAUGUAUGUUAAUUUUAAAGAAAGUAAAAACAUCUGGAUAUCAAAACAGCAACAGAAAAGAACAAAAAUCAGUUAGAAUCUUAAAUGCCGCAUCUCAAUGUAAGUUUUCUUGUAGUAGACCCGUAAAUAAUACCAGUAACUCGAUGUAUGUUGAAUUUCCCCAAAAAUCACUCAAUGAACUAACAUAGUUUAGACCAAAAUUUGGCACUAAGCUAUAUUGUCUUUCUGUGCAUUACGUUCUGUUUUCACUUGGUAUAUUCCGCUGCAAAUUACUAAAGGGAUAAACAAAAAAUAAUUGCAGUGUAUCCACAAUAAAAAUGCUACAAAUUAA